AUGGCUGAUAACGUGCCCGCUUCGACCUCUUCUACCCUCCCGCCUCCGCAGCCCUCGACUGCUGCUUCAGGCCAGCAGUACGAUGCGUCUCAGGGCAAUGGUCAGGCCAAUCCCUCCCACAUGCCCCCUCCUCCUCGUCCGCCCGUUAUAAUUCCCCAAAAUACCAACCCGAUUCCAACAGCUAUCACCUCUCCGAUGUCUGGAAACAUGAUGUCCCCGACCAGCGCAGGUGGAUUCGUUCGUCGGGCUGCCCCCGAACCAAACAAACGAGCUUUGUAUGUUGGCGGACUUGACCACAGGGUCACCGAGGAUAUUCUGAAACAAAUCUUUGAGACUACCGGUCAUGUCAUCAGCGUGAAGAUCAUCCCCGACAAGAAUAAGUUUAACAGUAAAGGAUACAACUACGGCUUCGUUGAGUUUGACGAUCCCGGCGCCGCUGAUAGAGCCAUGCAGACUCUAAACGGGCGCCGCAUCCACCAGUCGGAAAUCCGCGUCAACUGGGCCUACCAGUCUACUACCAUCACUAAAGAGGAUACUUCGAACCACUUCCACAUCUUUGUCGGUGAUCUGAGUAACGAAGUCAACGAUGACGUCCUUACGCAAGCCUUCUCUGCGUUUGGCUCCGUUUCCGAGGCUCGGGUCAUGUGGGACAUGAAGACCGGUCGCUCUCGCGGCUACGGUUUCGUUGCUUUCCGCGAUCGCUCGGAUGCCGACAAGGCGUUGAACUCGAUGGAUGGUGAAUGGCUUGGUUCUCGUGCGAUCCGCUGCAACUGGGCCAACCAAAAGGGACAACCUUCCAUCUCUCAGCAGCAAGCAAUGGCGGCUAUGGGCAUGACUCCGACCACGCCCUUCGGUCAUCACCAUUUCCCCACCCACGGCAUCCAGAGCUACGACAUGGUCGUCCAACAAACCCCUCAGUGGCAGACCACGUGCUACGUGGGCAACCUGACUCCUUACACCACGCAGACCGAUCUCGUCCCGCUCUUCCAGAAUUUCGGCUACGUCCUCGAGACCCGUCUGCAGGCGGACCGUGGCUUCGCAUUCAUCAAGAUGGACAGUCACGAAAAUGCCGCUAUGGCUAUCUGCCAACUCAACGGGUACAACGUCAAUGGUCGCCCCUUGAAAUGCAGCUGGGGUAAGGAUCGGCCCCCCACCGGUCAGUUUGACAACUUCUCUGGUCAACAGGGCAACUCCCCCUUCAACAACAGCCCCCAGCCGUAUUUCCCCCAGUAUGGCGGCCCGGGUGCCCCCAUGACUCCUCAAGGUCCGAACCCAGCUGGAAGGGGUUGGGACCAGGCUGGAAUGGCCGGUCAGGGCUACGGCCAAGUGCCAGCAAACGCCGGGUACGGUCGCGGACAGGCUACCCCUAACUCUGGCUGGAACCAGGCAAACAACGCCAACUUUGGCAACGGCUUCGGAAACUACCAAGCUUAG